UAAACACUAUAUACUUACUAUAAGAAGGGUUUCAUUUGAAUAUGAAGAUCGGAAUUUUGCUAUGUGUUGCACUUUUUCUUGGGGUUUGUCAAGGAGGUAGCCUGAGGAAAAAUUUCUACCGCGAUUCCUGCCCUCAAGCCGAGGACAUCAUUAAGAACCAAACACAACAGCACGUGUCUGCUAAUCCCAAUUUGCCAGCCAAGUUGAUUAGAAUGCAUUUUCAUGAUUGUUUUGUCAGGGGCUGUGAUGCGUCGGUUUUGUUGAACUCUACUGCGAAUAACACGGCAGAGAGGGACGCUAUUCCAAAUCUUUCUUUGGCUGGCUUUGAUGUCAUAGAUGCCAUAAAAAGUGCAGUGGAAGCAAAAUGUCCCAAAACUGUAUCUUGUGCUGACAUACUGGCAUUGGCAGCAAGAGAUGCUGUUUCUGUCCAAUUUAAUAAACCUAUGUGGGAAGUUCUCACUGGUAGAAGAGAUGGCACGGUAUCGACAAGUAACGAAGCCUUGGCAAAUAUCCCAGCACCUUUCUUCAACCUCACCCAACUCAGACAGAGUUUUGCUAGCAAAGGUCUCACUUUGCAUGAUCUGGUUGUAUUAUCAGGGGCACACACAAUUGGAGUUGGGCAUUGCAAUUUGUUCAGUAACAGGCUUUAUAAUUUCACCGGGAAAGGUGAUCAAGACCCUUCUUUGAAUGGAACCUAUGCUGCGUUCUUGAAGACGAAAUGCCAGAGUCUGAGUGACACAAGCACAACGGUGGAAAUGGACCCUGGAAGCUCGACCAAUUUCGAUAGUGAUUAUUAUCCUAACCUUCUCCAGAAGAAGGGUCUGUUCCAGUCAGACGCUGCCCUUCUAACACUGAAUCAAUCAGCAGGUAUAGCUGGAGAGUUGGUGAAUGAAGACAAGUUCUUCACAGAGUUCGCACAAUCAAUGAAGAGAAUGGGAAACAUUGAGGUCCUCACUGACUCUGCCGGAGAAAUACGCAACAAGUGUUCUGUUGUCAACUCAUAAACAAGUUCAGCACUAGUUUAGAGCUGUUUUGUGGUCUUAAUUUCCUACAGGUAUAUCAUCUGCCAGUUCUUACUCUGAGUUGUUUAAAUCUGUUAUCAUAAAAGAAUGUAUGUUUCUAUACACAGAUGUGGACUUCUCAUAUAGAUGUAUUACAUCCUUUAAAAUAAGAAAACA